GAUCCCUCUCACAGGAGUGGCAGCUCCUUCCCUCCCUGGUCUCGGCCUCCUCCUCCUCCUCCUCUUCCUCCUCGCUGGACCCUUGCUCUUGGCAGUCUCUGGUUGCUCCAGCAACCAUGAGCCGCCAGUUUAGCUCUCAGUCUGCGUUUAGCUCCAGGAGCAGGAGGGUCUAUAGCACCAGGUCUUCCGCGGGCUCUGGUGGUGGGAGCCGGACUGUGGGUUCUGUGUGCCAGGCCCGAGGCAGGUGCGGCGGUAGCAGUGGUGGUGGCGGUUUCGGCAGUGGUUACUGGAGCCAUGGCGGAGGCUUUGGCUCUAGGAGCCUCUACAACUUGGGGGGCAGUAAAAGCAUCUCUGUGAGCCUAACGGGAAGGGGCGGCAGCGGGUUCCGCCAGGGCUGGGGAGGGGGAAGAUUUGGAAGGGGUCUAAGCUUUGCCACGGGCCGCUUUGGGGGUGGUGGCUAUGGAGGAGGUGGCUUUGGGGCUAGCAAUUUUGCACUUGGGGGAUUUGGUCCUUCUUGUCCUCCGGGAGGCAUCCAGGAGGUGACCAUUAACUCGAGCCUCCUGGAGCCCCUGCACCUGGAGGUGGACCCUGAAAUUCACAAGGUGAAGACCAAGGAGCGGGAGCAGAUCAUGGUUCUCAACAACAAGUUUGCCUCCUUUAUCGACAAGGUGCGGUUCCUGGAGCAGCAGAACCAGGUGCUACAGACGAAAUGGGAGCUGCUGCAGCAGGUGAACACCUCCACCAGGACCAACAACCUGGAGCCCAUCCUGGAGGCCUACAUCAGCGAGCUGCGGAGACAGGUGGACACACUCAACUCUGAGCAGAUGCGCCAGAACUCGGAGGCCAGGAACAUGGAUGAUGUCGUGGAGGACUUCAAGAAAAAGUAUGAGGAUGAAAUCAACAAGAGGACCAGCUCCGAGAACGACUUCGUGGUCCUCAAGAAGGACGUAGACUCUGCGUACAUGAGCAAAGUAGAUCUGCAGUCUAAGGUGGACACGCUGCUUGGGGAAGUCAAUUUCCUGAGAUACUUGUUCGACACGGAGCUGUCCCAGAUGCAGACCCACAUCACUGACACCAACGUCAUCCUGUCCAUGGACAACAACCGCUCCUUGGACCUGGACAGCAUCAUCGACGCCGUGCGGACGCAGUACGAGCUGAUCGCGCAGAGGAGCAAGGAUGAAGCCGAGGCGCUAUACCAGACCAAGUAUGAAGAGCUGCAGAUCACGGCGGGGAGGCAUGGAGAUGACCUAAAGAAUACCAAGUUGGAGAUCUCCGAGCUCAACCGUACCAUCCAGUGGCUGCAGGCGGAGAUCAGCAAUGUCAGGAAGCAGACAGAUCAAAUGCACUCGGCCAUCUCGGAUGCGGAGGAGCGAGGAGAGCGCGCUCUCCAGGAUGCGCGGCAGAAGCUGCAGGACCUGGACGAGGCCCUGCAGCAGUCCAAGGAGGAGCUGGCCCGGCUGCUGCGUGACUACCAGGCCCUGCUGGCGGUCAAGCUGUCCCUGGAUUUGGAGAUCGCCACCUACCGCGCACUGCUGGAGGGCGAGGAGAGCAGGAUGUCAGGAGAAUUACAGAGCCAAGUGAGCAUUGAGGUGCAGAGCAGCCAGGUGACCGUGGGCGCCGGCGGGGGAGGCAGCGGCGGCAGCCGAGGCUUUGGAGGUUACGGCGGCGGCGGCAGUGGAAGCUACAGCGGCGGCAGCAGCUCCCGCAGUAGUGGCGGAAGAAGCUACGGAGGCGGCGGCGGCGGCGGCUCCCGCGGGGGCAGUGGAGGCGGCUAUGGGGGCGGCAGCUACGGAGCAAGCAGCAAGUCCGGCGGCGGCGGCGGCUCCUCGCGCAGGCAAAUCAUCCAGACAUCCACCAGCACCUCGCACCGGCGGGUGGUGGGCUGGCCCUGGCUGGCUAUCAAAGUCACAGGCAACUACAUGCUCACCCAGGCUCUGCUCCGGUCCCUGGGGCCUGGUGUCUCCCUGGAGAAAAAGGUGGAUAACCGGGGGUUGGUGUGUAGUGUUUAUCGUAUUGUUGAGGCUCGUAAAAAUCUUGUAUGGCUGCAGGCGAGCCAAACCCUGCCGAGGUACAGCGUCUGUGCUGACUCUGGGGGACCCAGCCCAACCGCCUCCUGCUUUAUAAGGGCGAGUCUCUGGGCUCGGGCUAGAGGAGUGCUUAGCUCCUUUCCUCUCUCUGCCACUCUGCUCUCAGGCACCAUGAGCCGACAGUUCAGCUGCAGAUCUGGGUACCGCAGCAGAGGGGGCUUUAGCUCCGGCUCUGCCGGGGCCCUCAGCUGCCAGCGCAGGACCACCAGCAGUUCCGUGCGCCGCAUUGGUGGAGGCGGGGGAAGGUUUACAUCGGGGGUCUGUGGGGGUGGCGGCGGCGGCGGUUUCGGAAGCCGCAGCCUUGUCAGCCUCGGGGGCAGUAAAAGCAUCUCCCUGAGUGUGGCCAGAGGAGGGGGACGCUUUGGUGGUGGCUUUGGCGGCAGUGGUGGUGGCUUUGGGGGUGGCGGUUUCGGCAGCGGAGGUGGGUUCGGUGGAGGUGGCUUUGGAGGUGGUGGCUUUGGGGGUGGUGGCUUUGGAGGUGGUGGCUUUGGGGGUGGAGGCUUCGGGGGUGGGUUUGGGCCUGUCUGCCCCCCUGGUGGCAUCCAGGAAGUCACCGUCAACCAGAGCCUUCUACAACCCCUCAACGUGGAGAUUGACCCUGAGAUCCAAAAAGUCAAGUCUCGAGAGCGGGAGCAGAUCAAGACCCUCAACAACCAAUUUGCCUCCUUCAUUGACAAGGUGCGGUUCCUGGAGCAGCAGAACCAGGUGCUGCAAACGAAAUGGGAGCUGCUGCAGCAGGUGGAUACCACCACAAGAUCCCACAACCUGGAGCCCUUGUUCGAAGCAUACAUCAGCAACCUCCGAAACAGAAUAGACCAGCUGAAGAGUGACCAGUCUCGGAUGGAUUCGGAGCUGAAGAACAUGCAAGACCUGGUGGAGGAUUACCGCAACAAGUACGAGGAUGAAAUCAACAAGCGCACAAAUGCAGAGAAUGAAUUUGUGACCAUCAAGAAGGAUGUGGAUGCCGCAUACAUGAACAAAGUGGACCUCCAGGCCAAAGUGGACACCUUACAGCAGGAAAUUGAGUUCUACACAACCCUCUUCCAAAUGGAGCUGUCCCAGGUGCAGACGGACAUCAGCCAGACCAACGUGGUGCUGUCCAUGGACAACAACCGCUCCCUGGACCUGGGCAGCAUCAUCGCCGAGGUGAAGGCCCAGUACGAGGACAUCGCCCAGAGGAGCAAGGCCGAAGCCGAGUCCCUGUACCAGACCAAGUAUGAAGAGCUGCAGAUCACAGCUGGCAGACAAGGCGACAGCGUGAAAAACUCAAAAAUGGAGAUAUCUGAGCUGAAUCGCAUGAUACAGAGACUUAGGGCUGAAAUCGAGAGCGUCAAGAAGCAGAUCGCCAGCCUGCAGCAGUCCAUCUCGGACGCCGAGCAGCGUGGAGAGAACGCUCUCAAGGACGCCCAGAACAAGCUGAAUGACUUGGAGGACGCCCUGCAGCAGGCCAAGGAGGACCUGGCGCGCCUGCUGCGCGAUUACCAGGAGCUCAUGAACACCAAGCUGGCCUUGGACAUCGAGAUCGCUACCUACAGGAAGCUGCUGGAAGGCGAGGAGAGCAGGAUGUCUGGGGAGUGCACCCCCAACGUGAGCGUGUCGGUGAGCACCAGCCACACCAGCAUCAGCGGAGGAAGCAGCCGGGGAGGCGGCGGCUACGGCUCCGGCGGCGGCGGCGGCUACGGCUCCGGCGGUGGCAGCUACGGCUCGGGAGGCGGCGGUGGCGGCGGCGGCUAUGGCUCCAGAGGCGGCGGCGGCGGCGGCAGCUAUGGCUCCGGAGGCAGCUCCGGGGGCCGCAGAGGCGGCUCCGGAGGGGGUGGCGGCAGCUCGGGCGGCCGGGUUUCCGGCGGCGGGAGCUCCGGGGGCAGCUUCAGCUCCUCGGGAGGCCGGGGGUCCAGUUCUGGGGGGACCAAGAGCUCGGGAGGCAGCUCCAGCGUGAAGUUCGUGUCGGCCACUUACUCCUAAGGCGCCGGUUGGAGAGGGCGCUGGAGCCGCGCCGCUCUCGCUCCCCGCCAGUACCGAGGCUUCUGGGCGGGGCCGAGGUCCACUGCCCCAGCCUGAUUGCAGGGAGGAAGGUGGCUCGGCCCACCCCUUCGUCCCGCCCCCGCAGCCCGCUCUCUUCUGCUCCGCUCGCCCAAGUAGCUCCCCGAUCCUUCGCCGGAGGUCUUCGUGCCCUGGCUUCAGCCCCGCUUGGUUCCACCGCGCCACACACGACAUUUCAGAGGAGGGCCCCUCCCAUUCUCCUGCCCCCCAGGGCUUCUGUGCUGCGCUCGGAGCUGCUUCGGCUCCGUACCGAAGGGGCAAGCAAGCCGCUUGCCUUCUGUGGAGAGGUCCCCCAGCCCCCAGCCCCCUGUUUUGCUGCAAUAAACUGCAUUGGAAAUUCGC